AUGGGACUUCUCGCUAUUCUGAAAAAGAUCAAGCAAAAGGAGAAAGAAAUGCGACUGCUAAUUUUGGGCCUCGACAGCGCCGGCAAAACGACCAUCCUCAAGCGGUUUUGCGGGGAACCAAUCGAUAAGAUAGAGCCUACGUUGGGUUUUAACAUUCAAAGUUUACAGCAUGCUGGAUACACAUUAAACCUGUGGGACGUUGGAGGUCAAAAAUCGAUCCGUGCCUAUUGGAGGAACUAUUUUGAGUCAACCGAUGGUCUCGUGUGGGUUGUCGAUAGUACAGAUCGCAUGCGGUUGGAACUGUGCAAGCAGGAAUUGUUGGAUCUUCUUCAGCAAGAGCGCUUGGCAGGCGCAUCACUACUUUUAUUUGCAAACAAGCAGGAUAUCGUUGGGGCCUUGUCGGCAAGUGAUAUUGCUGACGUAUUGGAAUUAAACACCAACAAACAAUACGACAAUCGACAUUGGAGUAUUCACGCUUGUAGUGCAGUGACAGGAGAAGGCCUAGCAGAGGGUAUGGGAUGGAUUGUUGACGACAUCGGAAAUCGCAUUUACAUGCUGGCUUAG